CCGUUUCCUAGCAACCGCAAGAGCAACUCUCGCAGCAAAGCUAUCAUGGCAAAAGCAACAACCAUAAAGGAGGCUUUGGCUAAAUGGGAGGAAAGAACUGGGCAAAAGGCAGGGGAGGCAAAGGAGGUGAAGCUGUAUGCCCAAAUACCACCCCUCGAGAAAAUGGAUGCAUCUUUAUCUACUCUUGUUAAUUGCGAAAAGCUAUCACUUUCCACCAACUGCAUUGAGAAAAUUGCCAACUUAAAUGGGCUAAAAUAUCUCAAAAUACUAUCUUUGGGUAGAAACAACAUAAAAAAUUUAAAUGGAUUGGAAGCUGUUGGGGAAACCUUAGAAGAAUUGUGGAUCUCUUAUAACUUGAUUGAGAAGUUGAAAGGAAUUCACGUAAUGAAAAAACUUAAAGUACUCUAUAUGUCCAACAAUUUGGUUAAAGAUUGGGCGGAGUUUUCUAAGCUUGGAGAGUUGCCAUUACUUGGAGAUAUUGUAUUUGUGGGGAACCCACUUGAAGAAAAGCACACCGCCGAAGGUAACUGGAUGGAAGAGGCAGUUAAACGUCUCCCAAAGCUGAAGAAAUUGGACGGCAAUCCAGUCAUUAAACAAGAGGAAGAAGAAGGAGACGAAUCCUAGCGCUUAUACCAGUAUUUUUACCUUUAAUUUAUUGAAAUGGAAAUCACUUGUGGCUCUAGAUUCAUGUAUUUCUCAAGAGUUUAUAUGCACCGUAUUCAUUAAUGCAGAAAUCCAGAUAAAGGUUUUUUUUUGUUCACA